GAGCUGUGAUACUUGCUGAGCAAAGCGGGAAUAACGAAUCGCCUUCGCUCGCCGGAUUUUUCGAGCGUCAGCUUGCCGUCGGGAGACGAAAGGAUCGUGGUUCACUGCGUUUGCCACGCCGGCGCGCCUAGGGGAAUUCGCGCCCGCUCAUUGGCAACAAUCUGUUUACAGCUCGUGUCGCGUAAGAUAGAGGAUCUCGUUGCAGCGUUUUUCUGCCAGCGGGACGCGAAAAGGGUGAUAAUACAUGGGCGUGUGAGAGAUAUCUGCGGAUCCGAAUUGCCUCUUGCCCUACCCGGUGGUUUCGCGGAGCGAUGGAUGCGAGCGGCGAGCAGCCGGCGGCGAUCGCGGCCGAGCCCGUCGCCAGCAACGAGCAAGAGCAUAACGACGAGACCGCGGAGGAGACGGAGGAGUACAAUUACGAGGGAGACGAGUACAGGCACUUCGUGCCGCGUGGCCGCGGUGGCUUUCGGGGUCGUGGCAGAGGUGGUUUUGAUUUCCCUAUGAGAGGUGGGCCACCAAGAUUUAGAGGAAGGGGAUUUGGCCCAAGGGGACCUAUGUUUCGUGGCGCAAACAACGGCUUUCCCUUCGAGAGCCCACCAAGGCCGAAUUGUCCUCCUGGAGGACCAAGAUUUAGAGGACCGCCUCCAUUUGACCCUAGCUGGGGACCAAUGGGACCACCAAACCUCAUGGGUCCUCCAAACCUAAUGGGGCCUCCAGGAAUGCCACCACCGCACAUGAUGAAUGGUCCGAUUGGAACCGGACCAGGUCCAUAUGGGCCGCCUCCUGGAAUGGGACCACCCAACAUGAAUAGCAUUCCAGGACAACAACCACCUCAACAACAGUCGCAGCAGCAAGCAAACAUUCCAGGUCUUGAUCUCAAUGGGGAAGUGUGGGUAGAGACAAAGGCAGCGGACGGCAAGUCAUAUUAUUACAAUAUUCGCACGCGCGACACUACAUGGACUAAACCAGAGGGACCAAACGUAAAGGUCAUGGUGCAAGAUCAGUUAGAACAGUUAGUGCACGGAGCGUCGAAGCAGGCUGUCGCUCGCUCUACCACACCUACUUCGUCAAGCAGCACGCCGACUCAGAUGAGCGAAAACCGAAUUUCUCAAGCUGACGAGCAAUCCUCUUCUAAUAACACGGACGCUAUUAAUCAGUUAAGUACAGCGCCUCCCGGUACUGGACCGCCUCCUACGUUGAAUGAUGCACCGGACACCACCAGCCAGCCAUCUGAAACGAGUCAAUCUAAUGGCACGGCUCCGGCAACGGUUACCAGUACGCCGCCGAUAAAUACACCGGCUGUAAAUACAAAUAUGAUGCAACCUCCGCCAAAUAUGAUUCCCAUGCAGCACAGAAUGCCGAAUCAAUUCGGUGGUCCGAUGGCUACACAGUUCGGCGCAGCGCCGUUCGGAAUGCCGCCGCCCGGCUUUCAACCGUUCGGCGGUUAUGGGCCGCCACAAGCAAAUUGGGGUAUGCCGCAGAUGCCUCAUAGCGUGAUGGCGCCUCAAGCACCGGAGGAUCCUGCUAUUCUGGCGCAGCUCGAUUCCGAAUUGGUGGCUGCGUCUAUGGUGUGGACGGAACACCGUGCGCCGGACGGCAGAUUCUAUUACUACAACAGCAAAGCCGGCGAAUCGGUGUGGGAAAAGCCACAAGCUUUGAAGGAUCUGGAAAGUGCAAAGUUGGCGUUGCGGCAGAAGACUGAGGAGGCGAACGCCGUCCCGACCAGUGCAACCGCCGUCACACCCGCUGCCGUUACUAGUAGUAACAGCACUACGACAGAACCCAACAAGCAGUCGGAGAAGCAGCAGGAGAACACUCACGAAACCAAAGAUAAUAUAAAGGACCCGGAUAGUGCCAAGCCGAAGAAGGAGGAGAAUGCCGCGAAGGAGCCUGCGAAGCUUCAGGACAAGACCAAGCCGGUCUCUAGCACGCCGGUACCUGGGACUCCAUGGUGUGUCGUUUGGACGGGAGACGAGCGGGUAUUCUACUACAAUCCCUCCUCGCGAAUGUCAGUCUGGGAGAGACCGGACGACCUUAUUGGCCGUCAGGAUGUGGACAAGAUGGUAGCGAUGCCGCCGGAUGCGCUUGGUACGAAACGAGUCCGUCAAUCGGAGAGCAGCGAGAGCAGCGACGAUGAGCAACCCGCACCAGCCAAGAAGAUAAAGCUUGACGACGCCAAGAGUAAGUCCUGCUGCAAAAUGCUUUGCACCUCGCGACACAAUUUCGAAAUGCGUUAUUGGAUUAAGAUCAAAGAGCAUGCGUACACCUAUUGGAUCACUGGAGCUACGAGUGGCUUAAGUUGCCUGGACGCGGUGGCAGCGGGCUUAGCCGGAAGCGGUAGGGUAGAGGCUUCUGGAUGCGAAGCGACUAGCUCGGCGGUCCCGAGCGUCAGCCUCCACCACAAAUCCUCAUCUUCUCCUCCUGUCCUGCCCGGUGAAAACAUGCGUAUACAGGGUAAUACGCAAAUUCAACAUCCACAGAAUACAAACUAA